CAAAUAUGGCCACCAAAAUAGGAAGUAUUUAUAAUACUUCCACAACAAACGAGCCAAAGAGGUCAUAUUCCCAAGAACCUAUAGUUUCAGAUCUUAUGAACUCUGAUGAAGAGGGGAACCAGGAGGUGAUCCAAAACACUGUCAAUCAUCGACGUCUGCUUCGACCACCCACAACACAGGAGCACAACUGGCAAGCAUCGCCGACAAAUCUCCGCGAGAGAAAUGCAAUGAUGUUCAACAAUGAGCUCAUGGCAGACGUAUUCUUCAUUGUCGGCCAGUUGCCAGACCAACCCCGGCGAAUCCCAGCGCAUAAGUAUGUGCUGGCAACGGGCAGUUCUGUCUUCUAUGCCAUGCUGUAUGGAGGACUGGCUGACACUUCCAAGGAUAUCGAAAUACCCGAUGUAGAGCCAACAGCAUUUUUGAAUCUUUUAAGGUAUCUCUACUGCGAUGAAUUCGACCCAGAAGCAGAAACUAUCCUGUCCACACUUUACGCUGCCAAAAAGUACAUCGUUCCGCACCUGGCGCGGGCGUGUGUCAAGUUUCUAGAGACCAGUCUAAGUGCCAGGAACGCAUGUGUGCUACUUAGUCAGAGUCGGUUGUUUGAAGAACCAGAGCUCAUGCAGAGAUGCUGGGAGGUCAUCGACGCCCAAGCAGAGGAGGCAUUAGAAUCGGAUGGGUUUGUUGACAUUGACUAUAAUACAUUGGAAAUUGUGCUGGGGAGGGAGACUUUAAAUGCCAAGGAGAUUUCAUUAUUCAGCGCAGGGGUCAGGUGGGCUGAGACGGAGUGCACCAGGCGUGGCAUUGAACACACUGACGAAAACAAACGCAGAGUUUUAGGACGGGCAUUGUAUCUUCUCAGAUUGCCAACCAUGAAACUCGAUGAGUUUGCGAAUGGUCCAGCACAGUCGCACAUUCUGACCCUGCAGGAGACGAAUGACAUUUUUCUGCACUUCACGGCGCAGAAUAAACCAAGACUGCCCUUUCCGACCAAACAGCGCGGUGGCCUGCAACCUCAACGCUGCCAUCGCUUCAUGUCGUCUGCCUACAGGAGCAACCAGUGGCGCUACAGGGGCAGGUGUGACAGCAUACAAUUCUGCGUAGACAAGCGCAUCUUUGUUGCAGGAUUUGGCCUGUAUGGCUCGAGCAAUGGUGCUGCCGACUAUCAGGUCAAAAUCGAACUGAAGAGAAACGGUGCAAUACUUGGUCAACGACACACCAAAUUUUUCUCAGAUGGCUCGAGUAGUACGUUCAGUGUCCUGUUUGAGAACCCUGUCCAGGUUGAGCCUGAUAUUUAUUACACAGCCAGUGCUAUCUUAGAUGGUGCGGAGCUCAGCUAUUUUGGCCAGGAAGGUAACGCUGAGAUUCAGUGUGGGAAGGUGAAUUUCAUGUUUCAGUGCUCCUCUGACAGCACAAAUGGAACUGGCGUUCAAGGGGGGCAAAUCCCCGAAGUGAUUUUUUACAGCUGAAAAUAUUUGUGUGGAAAGUGCCAUGCUAGAGGCAUGAUAGGCAGAUUAGGCAACUGAUCUUCCAACCGUGCUGCUAUUUAUUGACAUGACCUGGUGCAGUUUGUCAACUUUUGUUUUUGGGGUGUACAUGUAAGGUAGAAUGGGGGUAUUUGUAACCCCUGCAUUGUUUGAUGGAUGGGGAUAUCGAUCAAUAUCAUAGACAGGGGCUACAAUUAAACCUGGGCUACAAAUACCCCAUUCUACCUUACAUCAUUAUCUUAACCUUAUGGAAAGAAUGAUUCAAGUCAGUCAUGGUUGAUAAAUCACAGUUUAAAUAUAAGGCUUGAAUAUAAACACAGAGCUCUGUGCAUCAAUGUAUACUUGUGCAUAAUGGCAUCAUGACAUUUUCAGACUCAGAAUCACAAGUAUAGAGCUUUGCUAUAAUUUCAUCAAUGCAGGUAUUGAGGCAAGCUGUAAGGUUUUUUAUAAUGCAUAGUGGGUUCGACCAGUGGCACCUAAGCUACGAUCCUACAAUGUUUUAGCCUUGUAGGUUUUUGCAUUUUUCAUGUCAGUCACAUAAUCAUUUGAAAACUAAAAUUUUCAAUAUGAUAUGAAUACCAACUGGUCACGAUGCCCUUUACUAUGACGAAAGGCUUACAAUAAAAUAUAUUUAAUAUCGUUUUGUAAUGUUGAAAGUCUAAUUAUGUACUGUGUACAUAUAAAAUAUCAAGCUAAAAAUGGUAAAACGCAUAUAGUCAGCGGUUGUGAACAGGGAAGAGGGGAAGGGUCUAAAAUUCAUGCAUGUUGCAAACAUUGUUAACACGAAUAACAGUCAUGCUUGGCUUUAGAAGUACAACUGUCCAUUAGCUAUUUGUUAUUUAAAGUAUUUGCAUAAUAAAGUCUGCUAGCUUCAGCUAGCUUAU